GUGGUGAAACAUUUCAGAUCAGAAGAAGGCUGAGCGGUGAUGGACGUGGACCAGCUAAAGGAAUACAUUCAGUCCUACAACCUCAACAACUGCGCUCUGGGCAGCCAGGGCUACAACCGGAUCCUCCUGCAGCUCUUUGGGUUCCUGGGACACGGCAAAUCCUCCUUGAUCAACUCCUGCAAAUAUGCCCUGUAUGACAAGCCCUUCACCGCACACGCGGAGUCUGCCGCGGCGGAUGGUGGCCUCACCAUGGAGAGGAAAUCAUACCCCCUGACCCACUGCAUCACGAUGGUGGACAACCGAGGAUGCUCCACUAUGAACAGCUUCGAGACCGGGGAGAUUUACGCCCAGCUGUGUAAUUUUAUCCCUUUGGACCAAAGAGUUGAAUGGACCAAAGAGUACGAGGAGAUGCUGAGUCGCCUGGAGGAUGGAGAUGUGGAGCCAAACUUCACCGAUAUCAUUGUGCCGAUAUUUGUAUACAGCGCCAAAAAGGAAAUUGCAGACAAAGAAGUGGAUGAGAUUAAGAUGUUUCUGAAAAACUGCCGGGAUCUGACAGGAAUCUUCCCCAUCAUCGUCCUCACCCACAAGACGAGCGGUCCUUUCUCCAAACUGCGCGACAUGUUCGAGGGGAUGGGGGCAGAGGAGAUAUUUGCGGUGGAGAAUUACACAGCCGAGGACAAUCUGAAGACCCGCGGAAGACACUUACAGUUCCUGAAGCUCAUCCACCGCGUGCUGCUCAAUGUCAACUUCAGGCUGACAGAGGAACGUAGCCCCAGGAAAGAGCGCGCUGAGCGCAAGAAAUUUCUAUACCGGUUUUUGCAUGAAAGAGAAGUAAAGGCUUAAUUAUGACCCCAUAGACAGUGUCGGACUGGGACAUGAAGGGCCCACCGGGGAAUGCAGUGAUAAGGGGCCCAUACUUAGGGGUGUGGCCAGCCUACAAAAUGGGUGUGGCCAGCCUCCACAGAGGAUUGAAAUACACAAUUGUUUUGUGCAGUGUAAUGCAACAUAUCUACCAUGUAUAAUACAAGUGCACAGUCUGGAACCUGAUCCCUACAGGAAGGAGUGGGCACUCAGGAAGUGGGGCCUACCGGUGGUUUCCCUGGUACCCCUGUGGGCCAGUCCGACUCUGCCCAUAGAAAUACAUUUAGUACAGAGGAACAAAACUUUUAUAUUACAGUUCUUGCUGUCACCAAAUCACUUUAAAAGAGUGAUAGAAAAAACUUUUUACUAAUCUAAAAAAAAUAAAAAAAUAA